AUGUCCGGGACGCCUUUGAUUCGUCCGGGCGCUCAACCUCAACUCGAUUAUGGAGCAGUACUUCCUUCACAGCCAACAACCACUCGAACCACCCCGGAUUCUGGACUGGGCGCUGAUGAUCAAAUGAGACAUCAAGAACGUCGUGUCCCUCCUCCAGGAUUUGCACAUCCUCCUCCACAUCCGCACUUUAUCCCUCAAGAUAGCGCUGUUGGUGGUGUUCAUCAUCAGUCUGGGCCUGGAGCUUACGGGCCGUGCGAUGGUAACUUCGAUAAAGAAAAGGUGCCAUAUGAUGGUCCUUCACCCUUUCAUCGAAGCAGUCGAUAUGAAACUGAAUCAUCUGUAAUGGGUGGUGAUCCAAUGGCGUACAACCGCAGUCAGCCUAUGAUAAUCAAUCAAAAUCACCACCCUUCCGGCCCUCGCUACGACGAAUGCAGCGGUCCCAGAAUGGUGCAUCCACAAAAUUCUGCACCAAAUCCUGGUAACCCUCCUGCGGGAGUCAACUACUCACAGAUACCCGGAUAUUACAGCAUGGGAGGAGCUGGUGGAGUUGGUGCAGUAGCACUCCAACGAUCUACUAUCCCAUCUAUUCCACUGGGCUACGAAAGCGAUGUCACUCACUCGCAAACUCAGCAGUCGCCACACCAGAUGCAGCAAGCAAUGCCACAGUACUAUCCGCCCAAUCAGCCACCACCUAGUUCCAUGCCUUAUCAGCAGGUUCAACCUCCGAGUGGUCAUCCCAUUUACGGUGGACAGUCCAUGCAGCAGCAAGAUCCCCAGCAGCAACACCAGCCACCCCCUCCAAUGGGCCCUCCCCCACAAGCUGUCAUGGCAGUACAACAACGCAAUGGUGGCCAAUUCAUUGUGCCAAUGCCACAUCCAGGGAUGAUGACGCCGCAGUAUAUUGGUCAGCAAGUUGUACCCACUGGAGCCCAUUAUCCACCAGCUGGGGUUUACAUGCAACAUGCUGUUCGACCGGCCGUGUUUGUUCCUCGAGGCGACAUGGGGUAUGCUCCGGUAGAACCGACCCCACCUGUGAUGGUGCCAAUGCCGUUCGUUGUCCAUCAAGUUCCUCCAAAUCAAGCGCCUGACCCGGCACCAUAUCAACAGGCCAUGGAACAACAGCCUCCAUUGACCAUGGACCAGUAUGGAGAACAAGAGUUUGGGCCAAAUUCUGCUCCGACACAGCCUGUUCGUCCCAUGAGCAUGCCACCGGGAAUUCCCAAUGGUAUUCAACCUAUGAUGGGAGUCAUGCACCAGCCUCCCCAACAUUCUCUGCAUGACUCACGUAGUGCAACGGCGUCGAUCCCACCUCUUGCGACACAGCCAUCGGGUUAUGGUCCUUCUCCACAUGCCAGGAUGUACGGGUUUCAUCCGGGGACAUUAGCACCACCCUUCAUGAUGGCUCCCCACUUUGGCGUCCCACAACAUAUAAUGCAUUCGUCACCAAGUCGAGGCCGAAAUUCUCGCAUGAAUUCGAGUUUUCGAGGGACGUCAUCGUACCAUAAUAGGAACAAGCAGAACCACUCCCCACAGACGUAUUCAAGACAAAGCUCUGUUAUGGAUGCAAACAAGGAUGACGCGAAAGCAACGGAAAUGGCUUCCAUGGUUAGCACUGAGGUGCAGAAAUUAGCAAUAAAACCUACAGAAGAAAGUGGUGUAAGGCAAGAAGCUGAGCAAGAAGAACGUUUAGAAGAGGAGGAGGAAGUUGAGAAGAAAGAGAAGGAAGAGGAACACAUCUCUGAGGAGGUACAGCAGGAAUCAGAACCGCCUGCUAUUGUGAAACCUGAGAAAAAAUCUGACGACGGGAAAACUACGAAAGAGCUUCUUUCGUUAGCAGCUCCAAAAACUGACAUCGAAAAGCGUGCAACGGUUCCUAUUGUAGCUGUUGCUCCUACAGUAUCAGUUAAAGCUGAAGUUGUGCAGGCAAAGGAGAAAGAAUUGAACGAAGACGAGAUUUCUGAGAAAGCAAGCAUCGAGUUGCGCAAUAAGGAUUCAACUCAACAGGCUUCUGUACAGCCUUUGCCGUUAUCUGACUCAUCAACCUCUAUAAAACUCGACUGCACGUUCUGUCGCAGUCUUGGGAAGACAGAGGAGAUCUGCACUUCGCAUGUCAUUCGCGCUGCAGAUGGAAAAGUCACUUGUCCAGAAUUGCGCAAGCGCACAUGCAAUCUGUGCGGAGCGACUGGCGACAAUUCCCAUUCUGCUGUCUUCUGUCCGUUGAAAUCGCAACCAUCACUGGGAGAGCCUGUGAGCGAUGCUCCGAGGAUAGCGCACACUGCUCCGCAAAGAUCUCCAUCGAGCUACAACAAACCUAUGGUUUUUGAAAGGAGAGAUGGUGGCGGUUAUCGUGGCGGAUACAGGAAUCCAAGCCACCGGGGAGGGUACCAUCAGGCUCGAGGCGGUGGACGCUAUCAAGCAGGAACUCGUCGCUACAAGUGA